CAUACUCUUUACUAUAAUUCACAGAUGUUUUUAAUCAAGUGAUGAAAGUAUUAUAUAUAAAGCUUUGACUUGUUUACGUUCCGAUUCAUUUUUUAUUGAAGAGUUAUUUUACAUUGCGCGGAUAUAGUUAUUAAUAAAAAAUGGGUCGUGCUGAGGUUGGAACUCCCAAAUACUUGGCCAAUAAAAUGAAGGCUAAGGGAUUGCAAAAGUUACGGUGGUAUUGUCAAAUGUGUGAGAAACAAUGUCGCGAUGAAAACGGUUUCAAAUGUCACACCAUGAGUGAAUCUCAUCAAAGGCAGCUAUUGUUAUUUGCAGACUCACCUGGAAAGUUUUUAUACAGCUUCUCUAAAGAGUUCUCAGAUGGAUACAUGGAGUUACUGAGACGUCGUUUUGGUACUAAACGUGUUAAUGCAAACAAAGUGUAUCAAGAGUACAUAGCCGAUAAAAAUCACAUACACAUGAAUGCCACUAGAUGGUUAACGUUAUCAGAUUACGUUAAAUGGUUGGGUCGCACCGGACAGGUAAUAGCCGAUGAAACUGAAAAAGGUUGGUUUGUUACCUACAUUGAUCGAAGUCCUGAAGCGAUGGAACGUCAAGCUAAUGCGGAACGUAAAGAAAAAAUGGAAAAAGAUGAUGAAGAGCGUAUGAUGGAAUUCAUAGAAAAGCAAAUUGAAAAAGAAAAAAGAAAAGAAUCGGAGAAACAUAAUGAAACGGAGGAAGAAGAAAAAUUUACAGAAUUGAAGCGCGAAGAAGAUCAACCUCUAAAGCUUGAAAUACGGCUGGAGAAGAAAUUUCAACCAGAAGCAAAAUUCGUAGCAUCUGCUUUACUUAAAACACCUGCAAAACAUAAGUCAGAAAAUCCCAAUGACGAUGAUGACGAAGUCUUUAAAAAACCUAAAGUUACGAAACUGGAAAGAAGACGUAAAGAAGGGCCAAUAACUACUUCGGCUUUAGACGAAAUCAUAAAAAUCGAAGAGCGAAAAAAGGAAAGAACGAAUCGUAAGGACUAUUGGCUGCAUGAGGGAAUUGUAGUAAAAUUCAUUAGUAAAUCUUUAGGAGAUAAAUUUUACAAGCAAAAGGCGGUUGUCGAAGGUGUUAUCGAUAAAUACCGGGCGAAAGUAAAAUUUCUGGAGACUGAAGAAAAAGUUAAAGUAGAUCAGGCUCAUUUGGAAACUGUUAUACCUGCUUUAGAUAAACCCGUUUUGGUUGUUAACGGCGCUUAUCGUGGCUCAGAAGCUAUAUUGCGCAAAUUGGACGAAAAGAACUAUUGUGUCACCAUAGAAAUUUCCAAAGGUCCUUUGAAAGGUCGCGUCGUUAAUAAUGUACAAUAUGAAGACAUUAGCAAAAUUUUUUAACAUACGUGAAAUCCAUU